AUGGAUGACGCCCCGUCUGAUAUCAAGGCCAGCGAAACCAAGUUUCUCCAGCAAAACGACGGAGACAGUGAUAGAUUCGAAGAGCUUGAACACCGUUGGAAGCGGUUCUCGUCGACUAUUCUCCACAAUGCUGUGCUCUGGGGCGACUACACCCGACAGCCGUAUCUUGCAAUCAUGAACGCACAGGCCGAGGCUUAUUUCCCUGACAUCCUCCACCUAUACAGUCACUUGGUUCCCCGAGACCUCAUCAACGACGACCAGGACGUCAAUGCUGGCUCAGAAGAAAGUGGAGAGGAUGCUGAAUCUGUCAAUGACGGGAGUCCUGGAGUCCGCUCAUGA